GGGGGAAGGGGACGAUUCGCCUCGCUCUCUCCCUCUCUUUCUGUGUUGUUCCUCGGGUCGUCUGUAAACACUCGUCUUCCACCUGCAGAGAACAAUCAGCGGCCCCCCAGCAUGCCGCCUCGGGUGUAGAGAGGAGUCACGAUGCACAGCACGGCAACACUUUUCUACAAAGAUUACGGAUUUCUGGUGGUUUUUGGGCGGCCAGCAGGUUAGAGGACGGGGAAACUUCCGCGGAGCAACAAGAGCAUCGAGAUGGGAAACGUGAUACUGAUGACGCUUCUGCUGGCUCACCUGCCGACAGAGCUGCUGGCCAUCCAGGUGAUUGUUCCACAGACGGAAAGGAGCACCACUUUGUUUGCCUCUGUGAUCCUUCGCUGCGACUACUCCACUUCAGUAAACCCUCAGGAAGUGCUGGUCACCUGGAGGUUCAAGUCCUUCUGUAAAGACCCGGUGCUGGAGUACUACUCCACAGCCUAUCAGGCAUCUCUGCAGCUCGGUCAGGACCCCGCCAACGACUGCCCGGACCGCCAGCGAACAAUCCGCACCGUGAUCCAGAAGAGGGGCAUUAAUGAGCCCACGCUGGGUGUAGAAUACAGAAUACGCAAAAUUACCAUUCAAAACAAGGCUGACCUGGUUAUCAAUGAGGUGAUGUGGUGGGAUAACGGCGUAUAUUUCUGCAGCAUCGACGCCGCCGGGGACACGGCGGGCGACUCUGAUCGAGAAGUCAAACUCAUCGUAUACCACUGGCUGACCGUCCUGUUAAUCAUCGUCGGUGCUCUCCUGCUCAUCACGCUCUUCUGCAUAUGUUGCUGCCAGUGCUGUCCUCAGAAGUGCUGCUGCUACGUCCGCUGCCCGUGUUGUCCACAGACAUGCUGCUGCCCGGAGAAAGCUGUGAUGCAGCACAGGAUGAUUCGAGAUGCUCAGAAGGCUAUGUCUCCUUGGAUGAACGGUCAACCCAUUUACGCUCCCAUUAGCUCCAACGCCUCCUCCCAGGGCGUUCCCAUACUGUACUCCGGCUCGUACUCUGACUACCCCACUAAACAAAACUUUGCCAUGGCUCCCAUGGAGAUGUCCCCCAUGGCCCUCCAGCAUCAACCUCCUCCUCAUCGAAACCACAUGAAGGGCAGUGCGCAUGGCGGCCACCGUGGCCCUGGUCCGGUAUUGGACUUCCUGGAAAACCAGAUGAGGGGGCUGGAUAUGGGGGCACCCCAAAUGGUUCCUUACUCUCACCAGAAUAUGCUCCCGUUGCAGCCCCAGAUGGCUCCUCAAGCUGUACCCUACACGCCGGGGCCCCCGAGCAUGCUGUCUGCCCUGGAUGAAAUGGGGGUGAGGGGGCUAGAGAGACGCGUGAUCACUCUGCCUCCUAUAGUGCAGCGUGUACCCAGCUUUCCCUCGCGCAGGGGGGCGGCUGGCGGAGACGGAGCCAGAGACGCUCCAAGAACCUCCAGCCACUCCAGUGGGAGCACGAACCGCCGCGGGGGAGACAGUCGCGGCUACAGGGACGUCUCACAACCCAGACAAGGGAUCCUGCGCGAUUACAGCGACGACUCCGAAUGGGAGAACAGGCGAGCAGGAGCGCCACACAGGAGUUCGGGGAACAGCAGAGGAGGCUCGGCCGGGAGGAGAGGAGGCGGAUCCCGAAUGCGGACUCGUAGUCGCGACGACCUGAUGGAGGAGCUACACGGCACUGCGGCGCGGAGGGAGAGGAGCUAUUCUCCUCCUCAGCGGCGCAAAGGAUCCUGGAGCUCAGACGAGGAGGGCGGCAGCGGAAGGAAAGGAGGCAGAGGGAAGAAUUGGCCGGAGAAGCCCCCCAGUUACUUCUCCAUCGAGAGCCAGUCUGGACGUAGUACCGGUCGGAGGAACUACGACCGCUUUUCGGAUAGAAGUUCCCGUAGUGGCACCAGCGUAGUCAUCUGAAGCAUUUCAAAUUUUUCUUUUUUACUUGUAUCUGAAUGUUUUGAGAGCGGUGAAAAUGAAAAUAAAUAGUUAACUCUUUCAUCUGUUCAGCCUAGAGAAUAUAUUUGUUGUGAAAUGUAAUUAAUGAAUAUUCUGCAUGGGAUACUUUUACUCUGAAUGCACCUCAUGGAUCUGCAAAAAAUCAUCAUGAAGAAAAGCUCGUUUCAUCUUUCAACAUUGCAGAUGUUAUUAAGCCUGCGUGUGCAUAUUGUCCUGUCUGUUUAGAAUUGUGUAACUUGUAUCUGGUAAUAGAAAAAUGUAUCUUUUCUUUAUUUUUUGAAGUAAAUGUUUAACAGUUUCAAAAAGCAGAAUCUAGAGCAGUUCUAUUUCAUCCUUACUGUCAUCCAGGAUUCAUAGAACCGUAGUUACAUAUGUAGCUUUUGAUGUUGUGGGUUAUUUAGGUUCACCAAUUUGAACACGCAACUUGUGAUGAACUGAUAAGUGGAUUUUUUUAUGUUUUCAGAAUUUUGCAUAAAUUCUUGUGCUAUUUUAAGCCAUCAUUCUUUUUUUAAUCUUUUAUUGAUAAAUGCACUAUUGGACAGCAAUAAAACGUAUAUGUAAAUGUAUGAAGAUUGACUUACUGGACUUGAAUGAUCAACACCAAUGCAGAAUUCCGACUUUUGUAUCACGAUGUGUGUGUGUUUUUAAAUAAACUUUUAACAAACA